AUGGAACUCGGCGCCGAGUACCGCCGGGAGAAGCUGCAGUGGGGCCUGGGGGCGGAGCACGUGGAAAUGCAGGACACGACUCCCAGCCGUUGGGCGUCCAGCUUCAGAGUCCUGGUGGUGUCAGCCAAGUUCGAGGGGAAGCCGCUGCUUCAGAGACACCGGCUUGUGAACGCUUGCCUAGCAGAAGAGCUCCUGCACAUCCAUGCCUUUGAGCAGAAAACCCUGACCCCAGAGCAGUGGACCCGUGAGCAGCAGGAAUAAGGUACCCGGAC